AUGACGACCACAAAAAUUCCAAUUGAUGGACUAUGGCGAUGUCUUUGUCCUUCUAUAGAUUCAUUCAUUCUUGCGCGUUCCAAUACCUUUAAUCAACUACCCAGAAAGUUCUUAAAUCGUCCUUGGGUUAAGAAUAAAAAGAUCCCAACAUGUUUAAAAAGUCGAUCCUUUCAUACCACUACCACGACGUCUCUGCCUGUGUUAAAUGGGCAAUAUGCUCCGAGAUCGCGACAUAGUAGAGAGAAGCUGAAUAUACCGAAACCUAUUAAUCUGGAACAACUGAAUAACGAUGAGAUUCAUGAACGAUUGAGAGAAUUGAAGACGGAAGCGGGCGCAUAUACACAAGUCGCAGAAGUGGUGGAAUAUUUGGUCAAGGUCAGACAGGAAAAACCUGCGUUGAUACAUUAUGAUGCAUUGAUUGCAGCCAAUGCGGAUCCUGAAAAUGGAAGUGUAGAGGUUGUGAGGACUUUGUUGGAAGAGAUGAAGGGGUUGAGAAUUGGUGCUGAUUCGGGACUGUAUCAUACGGUUUUACAAGUACUUGCGAUUCAUCCAGAUUAUCUUUUACGAACUCAGAUAUUGGAAGAAAUGAAGGAGCGUUGGUAUGGUUUAUCUCCAACUGGAUGGCAUAAUUUGGUCAUUGGUCUACUUCGCGAUCGUCAAUAUGAAUUGGCCAUGGACAAAUUUGAACAAAUGCAAGCAGAUCAAAUCGCAAUUAAGCCAUGGCUUUACGAUAUCUUCUUCUUUAGAUUAUGUGAACUGGAUGAGUUGGAUGAAGCUUUAAGACUGUUGAAGUCUCGAUAUGAUGAACCAGUACUGGCUAUGCAUAUGUAUUAUCACUUGCUGGAUUCAUUUGCUAGUUCAUUUCAUUAUGAAGGUACCAGUUAUAUCUGGAGACUUCUGGUUGAAACCUCGGAAAUGAAUCCUGCAGAUGGAACUUGUACCGCAGUCUUAAAUUGUGCUGCUCGUCAUGCAGACCCCAAUUUAGCUACAUCAGCCAUUGGACUUCUUUCCAAACGUAGCACUGUUCUUAGCGUGCAUCAUUAUGAAGCUCUUCUCGAAGCUUACGUCGGAAUUGAAGAUAUCAAAACUUCGUUCCGCAUUUUAAAUAUCAUGACCAAAGCAGGUCUCACACCAGACGCAAGUUCCACAAGAUCAAUAUAUCUUUGGCUAACAAAAUCAUCAUUCCAUUCUCUUGAAGGAUGGAAAAUGCUUAAAUCCUUGAAAGCGGAUGGAUAUACGAUUCCCAUUGCCGCUGUGAAUGUCGUUCUGGAAGGCAUCAUCUUCACCAAUAAUCUAAGUCACAGUCGUGACUUGGCAAUAGAUUAUUACAAAGAACUCCACCGAAUAUGCGACGCGGGUCCCAAUAUCGAAACACUCAAUACUCUUCUCCGAGGUCUGGCUCAUGGGAGAGGAUCCAAAUCUAAAGCCAUGUUCCUCGCGUCGGAAAUCCAAGCUUUGAAUCUCAAACCUGAUGAACUUACUUAUGAUCGACUCAUUUUGAUCUGUCUACAUCCGGAAAACGCAGAUUAUGAGGAUUGUUUUAGGUAUUUGGAGGAAAUGAUAUUGGUGGGGAAAGAUAAGGUUGAUGCGGCGGGGAGGAGAGGCUGGUGGAUGAGACCGGGGACUGUGGUGGCGUUGGUGAAGAGAUGCGUGGAGAGUGGAGAUGAGAGGGCCUGGCAGUUGAUGGAGGAUAUGAGGGCGAGGGGUAUGGUUAAUGAGUAUACGCGGUUGAAGGUUUGGACGGAGUUGUAUUGGCCGAAGGGGGUGGGGAAGGGGAAGGGAGGAGGGGGGGAUGUUGUAAGGGGGGAGAGGGGAGGCGAGGCGGUGGUGGGCUAG